ACUCGUACUCGUACAAAAGAAAUGCAGAAAACUGAGAAAAGCUGAGAAAACUUCAAAUUUUAUAGGGAUCCGGAUUACUACUCUAGCGAAAUUCGCAGCGUUUAUGUUUUUUGGUUUGUUAAAUGUUAAAUAACUGGAUUUUCUCAUCGCAUUCUCAGAUUCUUUGUCCUCAGGUAGUUUAACCGAGACCGGUACAAUUCAGCUUGAUGCAUUGAGGCAUCAGCCAAACAGGAACGAUUAUCAGCUGAUUGAAGUGUUGAUGCAAUCGUUGUCGUUAUUUCAAUCCUGGCACAGCCAUGGGCAGUCACAGCGAAGAAACGCUACCCUUGGACGAAAACGGCCAACCGUGCCGUGCCUGUACCGAUUUCAAGACAUGGAUGAAGUUUUCACGCAAGUCCGGGCCCGACAAACAGCAGAACAUUCCACCGCGCAGCACGACCCAGUCAGCUGCUCCGCCGAGUUCCUCCUCCGGUUCCCUCCCCGAAGUAGCUGGUCCCGCGCGCCCUGACUGCCCGGUGGAUAAGGAUCAGUUGGGCCGAGCCACCUGGACCUUUCUCCACACGAUGGCCGCGCAUUACCCCGCUACACCCACAGAACAGCAGAAAGCGGACAUGAAGUCGUUUCUGCAUCUCUUUUCACAAUUUUAUCCCUGCUGGUACUGCGCUAAGGAUCUGCGGGAGGAUAUGAAGGAUGAUGUGCCGGAUACCGCGUCGCGGUCGCGAUUUAGUCAGUGGAUGUGCCGGAUACAUAAUCGUGUUAACCGGAAACUCGGUAAACCGCUGUUUGACUGUGCCAAAGUGGAUGAACGGUGGAGCACGGGCUGGGCAGACGGAUCCUGUGAUGAGUGAUUUUAAUUUUUACUGUCUCUUGUUUCAUUUUGCUGUACCAAUUUUGAAAUCUUUUUCUCCAGAAGUGACGUGAUUUCUGAUGUUUUUGACAUUUUUGUGCUUUCAGAUCUUGAAAAAAAGUUACAGUUACUG